AAGCUGGAGGAAAUGGGCGCAGAUUGUGUGCAGAUAUGCGCCAAACCCCUCCAGAUAUGAAGGCGUUAAUGCGCUCGUGAGGGUUUGCAUGGGGGGAGGGGACCCCUGCACAUCACUGAGUGUGUGUGGAUGGCGUGGGCUUCUCUCCUCCAAACCGCACAGCAUCAUCACUCCGUUAACGGCAACAGCCUCGUACGCAUCAUCAUCCUCCUCCUCCUCACCCUCCUCAUCACCAUCUCUCGGCUGAAGAGGGACCACAUCGCAGGAAUAAAGACAUAAGAAGAGCCUGUUGUCAGUCAAGUGAACCAGGAGUCGACUCUUCAAAUCUGUGAGGUGUAUCCUGAACAAACUGAAGCCCCAGCGCGUUCAGGUGGCCUCUCCACUAAAUCUUUGACCACAUUUGCAUCUUCUGAACCUCUUUAAAAUGGAGGAAGGCUACCAAAACCGGACUGCCUUUAUAAAAGGUGCCAAAGACAUUGCCAAAGAAGUCAAGCGGCAAGCAUCUAAAAAGGUCGGCCGUUCAGUGGAUCGGGUGGGCGACGAGUUCAGCAAGCGCUCCUACAGCCGUUUCGAAGAGGAUGAUGAUGAUGAUGACUACCCCAUGCAGGGAAGCCAGGAUGGAGGCUACUACCGUGGAGAUAGCCAGGCGGCCAAUGACGAUGAGGGCGGCCACAGUGACUCCACAGAGGGUCACGAUGAGGAUGAUGAGAUCUACGAGGGCGAGUACCAAGGAAUUCCCAGAGCUGAGUCAGGCAAGGGCAGUCUGGCUGGAGGCCCGGGCUCGGUGAGGGCCGGCGCUCAGCAGUUCAGAGAUAUCGGAGUGUCCGAGGCAGAGAGGAGGAAGGAUCAGGAAGAGCUGGCUCAACAGUACGAGACCAUUUUACAAGAAUGUGGUCACGGGAAGUUCCAGUGGACCCUAUACUUUGUGCUGGGACUGGCUCUCAUGGCAGAUGGUGUGGAGAUCUUCGUGGUCGGGUUUGUCCUGCCUAGCGCUGAGAAGGAUAUGUGCCUGUCUGAACCUAACAAAAGCAUGCUAGGUCUGAUUGUAUAUUUUGGGAUGAUGGUUGGGGCUUUCCUCUGGGGGGCUCUGGCUGACCGAAUAGGCCGUCGGCAGUCUCUUCUAAUCUCUCUCUCCAUCAAUAGUAUCUUCUCCUUCUUCUCUUCCUUCGUACAGGGCUACAGCACCUUUCUGUUUUGCCGACUCCUCUCAGGUGUUGGGAUUGGGGGAUCAAUUCCCAUCGUGUUUUCCUACUAUUCUGAAUUUCUGGCCCAAGAGAAGCGUGGUGAGCACCUCAGUUGGCUUUGCAUGUUCUGGAUGAUUGGGGGAAUAUACGCAUCUGCCAUGGCCUGGGCUAUAAUCCCACAUUAUGGAUGGAGUUUCCAGAUGGGCUCGGCAUAUCAGUUCCAUAGCUGGCGUGUGUUUGUGUUAGUGUGCGCAUUUCCUUCUGUUGCAGCCAUCGCUGCCCUCAGUGCCAUGCCAGAGAGCCCACGCUUCUACUUAGAGAAUGGCAAACAUGACGAAGGCUGGAUGAUUCUCAAGCAAGUUCACGACACCAACAUGCGAGCAAAGGGACACCCAGAGAGGGUGUUUUCUGUCACCACAAUUAAGACGGUGAAACAGAUGGAUGAGUUGGUGGACACUGGCACUGAUACUCCAGUCUGGAAGCGCUACAAGCUGAAGAUUAUGAGCCUCUCCCAACAGAUGCGGAAUAACAUUCUUGCCUGCUUCAGCCCAGAAUAUAAACGGACGACUUUCAUGCUCAUGGCUGUUUGGUUUACCAUGUCUUUCAGCUAUUACGGACUGACGGUGUGGUUCCCAGACAUGAUCAAGUACAUCCAGAAGCAGGAAUAUGAAUCACGCACAAAGACCUUCACCAAGGAACGAGUGGAGCAUAUCACUUUUAACUUCACCCUGGAGAACCAAGUGCAUCGCCAAGGACACUACUUCAAUGACAAGUUCCUCAACCUGAAGAUGAAAUCCAUGGUGUUUGAAGACUCUGUGUUUGAGGAGUGCUACUUUGAGGACAUCACUUCCACACACACCGUCUUCAGAAACUGCACCUUCAUUGCAAGUUUGUUCUAUAACACAGAUUUGUUCAAAUACAGGUUUGUCAACUGUAAACUGGUCAACAGCACGUUUCUCCACAACAAGGAGGGCUGCAUGCUGGACUUCAGCGACGACUUCAACAAUGCCUACAUGAUAUACUUUGUUAACUUCCUUGGCACAUUGGCAGUGUUGCCUGGCAACAUCGUGUCAGCUCUAUUAAUGGACAAAAUUGGGCGUUUAAGGAUGUUGGCCGGAUCCAGUGUCAUAUCUUGUGUCAGCUGUUUCUUCCUGAUGUUCGGCAACAGUGAGUCAGGGAUGAUCGCCCUCUUGUGCCUGUUUGGCGGCAUCAGCAUCGCCUCGUGGAACGCCCUGGAUGUGAUAACGGUGGAGCUCUACCCCUCGGAUAAAAGGACCACAGCGUUUGGCUUCCUGAAUGCCCUCUGUAAGCUGGCGGCCGUCCUGGGCAUCAGCAUCUUCCAGUCAUUUGUUGGCAUCACCAAGGCCGUACCCAUCUUAUUUGCUGCUGGCGCACUCGCUGCAGGUAGCUUCCUUGCAACAAAGUUGCCUGAAACACGAGGCCAAGUGUUGCAGUAAAACAAAUGACCAGCAGUGGGCAGCAGAGCACCGCUGGAGUGUGUGUUUGACAACUAGAGCCCGAACAUCCCUGAGAGCUUCAGCGCUGCCCGUCACACACACCAACAGAACAGACUGCCAUCCCCAUUGUAAGCCCAGAAUCCUCUGAAAUAUGGAUUGCAUCAUUCAAAGUCUAUACAGAGCCACAGUGAUUAAGAGAAGAGCACACAGAUGUAGAAAUAGAUACCUGUGUCAUGAUAACGCCAACAGAUCUUUUCAAAAGUGUAAUAUGCACAGGGUGACGCAGUACAAACUGUGGUGUGCAGGAAGGAUAAAAUGUUAAUUUCUGGGAGUUUUCUCUCACUGGCCCACAGAUCUACAAUAUCAAAACACAAUUGAGAAGACAGGGAUGACAAAUGAUGAGAUGAGACUUAAAAAAAGCCAUUUAUGGGUGAACGUGACAAGAUUUAGUCUAUGUAUGCAGUGCUUUUCUUUUUCGUCUGUCCUUGGCCUCAGUGACUGGCUUUCUAGUGCUGCUUUUUAAUUUGCUGUGAUGUUACUGGUACAAUUCACUUCACAUUUCCAUUCAGACUGACGUUUGUGUUUGAUGAAAAGUUUAGCUUUGAAAAUAUCUUAUAAAGAAUUUCUGGGUCAAUAUAUUUUCUCUAAAAACGCCCAUGACCCUUGACCACUGUCUACUACUGAAGCCAGACCUGCUGAGAGCUUAUUUUCUACCAAAUAAUAUUAAAACAUUCCAGUGAGGCUUGAUUUAUUCAGAAACAGUGAAUAUAUUUUUUCCUUGUCCCUGCAUAAAUCCAGUCUACUCCUCCAUUCACAGCCUCAAAGCACAGACAGGUGAAGAUGCAUUUCAUAGGAUUCUCUGUUGUAAAUGGGAAUAGUUUGAUCCAGCUCCUCAGUGUUCAGUGUUAAACUAAUGCUUUUCCCUCCCUGUUGUUGAACCAUACAGCUGUGCAGUGUGAUGAUGUUCAUGUCUGCAACACAGGAACGUCUGCAGGACGGAUUUUGGUCAAGUGCUAAAUGUGAGAGCAGAUACUAUAGUGUAAAAUUUGCCUAAAUUUGUUGUGUGCGUGGGAUUGCAUGUGUGUCUUUGUUAUGUGAGAUGAGAAAAAGUGUCUGAUUUCAACUCCAUCAUUUCAUUCAAAUCAGUGCAGCCAUGUAGACCCUAUUUUACUAAUGCAACAGCAGAAUGUACAGAACAGCGGUCGCACACUUUUAGAAAAAUUCUGUCAGAUAUAACUCAUGCAGUAGCUCAGGUGUGGUGAAAUGUUUAGACCACGUUUACAGCUGGUAUUAUGUUUUAGCACCACUCGACCAAGUUAUUGUACAUGCAGGAUAGUUUUCUGAUUUAAAAAAAUCUAGUUCAGCUUCGUCCCAUAUGCAUAGCUGCAUUAAUUAGCCUUAAUAUGAAAACAGGUCACAAAACACAUCAUUUGAUUGAGUGUGAAAGUUCAUUCUUGACCUUGGAAACAGUAGUUUGACAAAAAAAGCUAGCUUUUUGCAGUUUGCUGAGUGUUCAUAGAGAAUGAAGCUCUGGGAAAAAAAGCUACUAAGUUGACCUCGACUUAACAUUUCUUUUGUCAAAGUCAGUUGGUUGUUUUGUCUUUUUCCAUUUGGGCUCAAAACAUACAAUCAAUGCAGUAUCCUUUCGUAAAAUUGUGUUAAUGUUUUUUUAAAAGUCAUGAUAUGACUUCAUUAUACUCAUAAGCACAAAUUAAAUGGGAAGAAGAAGGGAAAAAAGUCCUAUUGAUCAGGCAGUGCAGCACAAAGGGAAAACAGAGAUUACAAAUCACUUGUCUAAUUUCAUUUUAAGGGCUCCUGUUCUGUCAUUCCUUUACGGCAUCCAUAUGGGCCAGAAAAAGUGACAAGUUAUCACUCACUGUGUUCCUGUAUGAUACCGUUUAACCAUCUGUAAGGAUGAAAUAAGUACAGAAAGAAACUGCCCAUUGUGACUUUGAUCUAAAUUGGAAACAAUCACUCUAAAGGAAAGUUAAUUGAGCAGCCUACCAUUCUUUAUACAUAUCACUACUUCGAAAUAAUUUCUUCAAAGGUGUACAUCAAUAUGUGUGCUGACAAUCAGUGAGUGAGUGCAUGGGUGCUGCUGCUGCCCAGUAGAGUAUGCUGUUUGACCUAAAGACGUCCUCUGGAUUUUGUGUGUGUGUGUGUGUGUUCAGGAUGUUAGAGGCUUUGGCAUUGUCUGUGGCUGAGCCUCUCCCCCCAGAGUAGACUGAUAACGUAACACACACUUCAGAAGGAUAACGGAGUGUGUGUGUGUGUGAGAGAGAGAAAGAGACUUUAAAAGAAUAAUUCAACAUUUUAAUAAGUACGCUUAUUCACUUUAUUGCCUAGAGUCAGAUGAGAAGAUUGAUACCACUAUUACCACCACUGGCUGUAGCUUCAUAUUUAGCGUACAGGCAUGAGAGUGGUAUCAAUCUUCGCAUUUAACUCUUAACAGAAAAGCGAAUAAGAGUAUUUCCCGAAAUGUCGAACUAUUACUUUAAUGCUGUCAAACCUAGAUUACAUUCUGUGACAAAUGUGUCCUGUCUUGUUCAUGCUAGAGAGACUGUUUGUGUGUGUGCAUAAGCUGACUCUAAAUCGUCUGUCACAUAUUUUUCUACUUUUUUCUGUUGCGGUGUUUUCAUCCCUGCGAUGAAUACAGCUCAGUUAGGGACCACGGAAAUAUAUUUACACUAUGAGGAGAAAAAAAACCCACAACCUAAUGCAAUAUAUGCAGUGUAGAAUUUAAUGUUUUGUUCUUCAUAAUGGACUCGGGUGCUCUUUUGCUGAUACAAUUCAGUGUUUAAAACAAAUCCCAUCAAAGAUGGCCAGUCUCAGAGAUCUGUGUAGAAAUACGGAAAAGGAUCACAUCUUAAAUUCACAAAGACCACUUCACCCCCUUAUCCUUCUGUAUUCAACCGAUCGUGACGCAUGUUUGUAUUGUAUUGUCUGACUUCUUGGACGUCCUGUAUGCCAGUUGUUUUUGUCUAAAGCAAGAACUAGUGUUUUCAUUGUUGUAUGAUGACAUAGAUUUGUUGCUUGCAGUGACUGUUCUUAAUCAAAGUGGGGUUAAAAUUUGUGAAACUUGAGUAUGUGUUCUGAAAGUAAGUUAGUGGUGGCUGUGCUCCUUGUUUACCUUGAACCCAGGUAACUCUUUUUUAUAUAUAUGCCUGAAUUUCUGAGGAGAAUGCUUGUAAUCAUGCAAUUAAUCUUGUCACAGAGGUACAAGAUAUGGCCGGAAAAGGGCAAUACACUUAUGCGAAUGGAGCCGAAAAUGUGCAUAAGUUAUGCGCAAAAAGUACAAUUUGAAAUAAACUUGUUUGUCCAGGUGAGUCUGUUUAAAAGGGGGAAGUGGAAGCAAUAAAGUGGAAGCUUUCCCCAAAUCUGAGGAAACAGGAAGUCAAUGUUAAAUCCAAAAGGACUGCAGUUUAUCAACUCAUCAAAAGAGCCCCCUCUGUCAAAUUGAAGCUCCUGUCCAAAAUGUAAAAGUUUACUAUUAAUGUUACUGUGUGUAGAAUUUUCAUUCUAUAUAGAUAUAUAAAUUAUCAAAAGGGUCACUGGUUUGAGUUUUAUCUAUGAUGACAGCAGUGAUAUGGGAUGUGGUCAAAAUAAAGCGAACACCAGUCUGAAGACUUCCCUUAAUGAUGGUGGUCUGAUAAAAGGAUGGAGGACUUUUUAUGGCAUGGUUUCUGUCUUCUCAACUCUUAAGAGUACACAGAUCAGUCCUGAAUGAAUUCUGAAAAAAGGACCGACUCAUGCCAGAAAACGACUCCUUCAUCUGCAAGAAUCCUUUGCUGUAGUUUGGACAGAAGGAAUUUAUGUUUACAUUUACUUUGGUUUGACUGACCUGUUUAUUAAAUGAUAAAAGUUUUACUCUAAAUGUGAGUUCAAUUCAAAAAAUCAGUGUACUGUGUGUAGAAACUGUAGAUGUUUGUACGUGCAAGUUUGGAAUUUGUGGAACAAAAGAUCAAGGAAAACAGUUCCAAAAAAAGUUCAAUAUGACUCAAAUCUAUUGUGUGUUGUCUUUGUGUUUUGUAAAUGAAGACUGAAAAUCUUGGUAAAAUCAGUAUUUACUACUUCUGGAUAUUGAGAACGUUUUAGUGAUGCUGAAAAGGUGCUGUAUUUAUUUUAUGUGAGAGUUGUUGCUGGGAUUUGCACUUCUGUGCCAUUUAUCCAGUUCUAUGAAGAAAAUGAUAAAUCAUAAUGGAAAUAAAACAUGAAGAAAGAAAA